AUGAGCAACUUGACUCCCUAUGCCCCGACAGUCCCAUCUGGGCCUACCUCAACACGCUUCUCCAAAGAGGCUCUCGCUGGCCUCUCCAUUCCAGAGUUACAACGCAAGAAAGAUGCCCUCGAGGCUGAGAUUCGAGCCCUUGGUGGCAUUCUUCGUUCUCACGGCGUUGAUAUGAACACUCCUUUGGUUACUCCUGACGGGUUUCCUCGGGCAGACAUCGACGUGGUACAGAUCCGGACAACGCGCGCCCGCAUUAUCCAUCUUCGAAACGACUGGAAGGAUCUGAUGGAUGUCAUUGAGAAGCGCCUGCACGAGCACUUUGCCAGCAUCAAGGACGACGACGAAGAAGAAGCUCCUGCGAGUGCUGCCGCGCAACCCGCCGCUCCCGCCACAUCCGACAUAGUCGCACCCAGAGAUUCAAUUUCAGAUAAGCUAGACAAGCCCUUCGCGAAAGUAAAUUCGGUAGUGGAAAAUAGCCCGGCUGCAGCUGCUGGUCUCAGACCUGGAGACUUGAUCCGGAAUUUUGGCUAUGUCAACUAUGAGAACCAUGACAACCUAAAGAAGGUGGCAGAGUGUGUCCAGGGCAAUGAAGGGCAACCGAUUCUUGUGAGAGUGUCACGAAACACCGGGGCAUCAAGGCCAGAGGAGGUCCGGUUGACAUUAACGCCACGGAGGGAUUGGGGCGGCCGAGGUAUGCUAGGAUGCCACAUCCUACCCUUGUGA